CAUUGCUCGUUGUUAGUUCAAGUGAAGCCAUGGACAGCUCAACAGCCAACAGCGAGAACGUCGAAAUUCUUAAGAAAAACUUUGAUGCGAUUUUAAGCAAGCUCUACUCGUUAGGUUUGAGCAUUCAUCUUUUAAAAGACAAGUCUAUCGUGUUUCCCGCCGGCUCUAAAGAGCUGCAGAUUCUUGACGGUGACGAAGCGCUGGAGCAUUUCAACCGACCUGAGUUCUCGAAUAAAGUUUUGGCGUUCGGUUCACGGCACUUUUAUUGUCAUUCUGAGUAUCUCCGCUUACGAAGCGAGUACUUUGAAGCGCUUUUCGCCGGGAACUACCAGGAAACGUGUAUGGAUCUGAUUUCUAUAGAAUUGCCUUCUCCUUCGUCUAAUAUCGAGCUGCUUUUACGGUACCUCUACACGGGCAAAGCAAACGAGAAGCUUUUUUAUGGCGUAGAAAUUUUUAAAACUAUCGAGAAUGGCAAUUACUUAGGUGUCCACGAGUUAGUGUCGCUUGCUGUGGAAGCUUUCGCAGUCCGCUGGAAAAGUUUAGUGCCUUCAAGCCUGUUUAGGCGAAGUGUGGUCGAUGUUAAUUUCGUUCGUGCACUGCUAAACUACGGUAGCAAAAAGGGCAUUUUUCAAGAUGGCGACAAACUCAAGAUUGUCGUAAAUUGGAGCGCAAAAACGGACUCGGAUAUUUCGGAAGCCCGCUCGUUGAUUCUCGAAGGCAAUUGCCUGGACACGGCAAGUUUAUCUGACUUGGAAUGGUCUAUCGAAGCCAACCCUGACUUGCUGACAGAGUUGGAGUUCUCGAAUUUUCGUAACGUUUGUCAACGGGCUAGACGGGAAAGCGAAGAAGUGAAAAAAUCCAGCAAGACUGCAGAAGAAAAGGCCAAAGGUGGGAACGCAAGCAAGGUUGGGGAUUGGGCAGGGGCGUAGCCAGCUCCAAACGUGUGGGGGGGGGGGACCCAACGGAAAUUUUUCUUAUUUUAAGGUUUGGGAAACGCUAUUUCACGCAUUUUGGACACGUUUGAUGAUAAUCUGAUGCCAAAGAUUUUGUAUAUUUUAUGUCAAGGUUUCGUUUCAAGAUCGCAUGAAUAUAAGCUCAUUCAGCUCAGGUCAACUGUAGUUAGUCUACUAGACCUGGUGUGCUUUGAAGUUUGAACACUCGUGUACUUUGAACACUGCUGUGGUUCGAAGGUUCGCCGGGUACUCCGUUUUUCCGUCCUCCACAACAAACUCUCUGCCAUUCCCGAUUAAGGUGAAGGGGGCAUACCCCGGUUAGAGUCAGGAGGGCGAGGUGAGGGCCAAAUACUCACAAGUAAAAAUGUACGCCUGUAUGAUAAUAUUCAUCAUAGAUUCAUGGAUGGCCGUAUGUACAUUUUGGCUAACGUUGCUAGCGUCGUUGCUACCUAAUAAAUUCAUAACUUCAGAUAACUUGUAUGCCUAGUUACUAUAAUAGUAUUGCAUGUUCUAGUUUACAGAAGCACAGAAUAGAACGAAGGUAAGCAUUAUAAUUAUGUAUUAGAGUUAUUCUAAAGCUUAUAGUUAACUCUAUUCUAUAUGCUUCUGUAAACUAGAACAAUAGCAUUAUUAAAGUGCGACUAUAAAUUAAGUUAAACUCCAAAUAUAAUUUUUUGUAUGUGUAGUAUUUGGGUCAUUCUGAAAAGAAAUGUAAUGUAUCUUUAUAGUAAAAAACCUCAUCUUGAUCAACUUUUUCACUGUCAAAGUUCCAGAUAUGAUGUCAUUAGGUGAAUUUUUGGUCCAAAAACAGAGGAAAACUAAUUUGCAAUUCACCUAAUGACAUCAUAUCCGGAACCUUUGACGGUGAAAAAGUUGACCAAGAUGGGAUUUUUUAUUAUAAAGAUAUAUUACAUUUUUUCUUCGAAUGACCCAAAUAUUACACAUACCAAAAAUCAUAUUAGUGGUUAGUCGCACUUUAAAGUUGUUGUGAAUUGAGUAUAAACCAAUAUUGUGUUGCGCUCCAACACCAAAACUAACCCUUAGACUUUUGUAAUUGAGCACUCGGUGUAUCAUGAGCCUCGCUUGGUUAGGUCAAUUAGGCAACCAGUAUACAUUAAAUAUUAUCAUUAUUACAAUUAAAGGUCUGUUGGAAUGCGUGCGCAUACUGACAAAGCAAUUGGAAGACGUCCGCUGCACCAAAUGCCGGAUGUACAUGCCUCGCGCGGCAAUGAAGACUCGGACCUGCGUGAAAAUGGAUCAUCCAGGAGAAUAUACCAUCCAUCAAGGAUGGAGCUGUUGUAAGCAGUUAAAGAAAAAAUCAAAAGGUUGCAAGCCUGUUGAAGUGACAAGGCAUACGCCUGGCAGAUCGUCCAGCAGUAGUAGUUAAUUACGAACUUUUCACUCGAGAAAACAUUUUUAGUAUUUAGUGGUUUUCAAAGAAACCUUUUUAGAAAUUAGAACAUUUAACAGUCAUUUUAUAAACUCGUGGAUUUUUUAUCUCGAGUUGAAACUGUAGACACUAUACCAGCAACCAAAGUUAUCUUUACUAGAAAAGACACUUUGAAUUUACUUUUAAUAUUCAUUGCAUAUGAAGUCAUUACCAACUUAUUUUUUUAAACUUUUUGUAACUUUUGUAACUUUAACAAUGGAUGUGUGAAACCAACUACCAUUUAUCCCCUGUAAUCUUGUUCAACGUUAUUGUGGUUAACUGUAAGUGGAUCUAGAUCUUAACAUAGAACUGUAAUCCAUAUAGAACAAGGUUGAAUAGGAAUUCUUGACGGUUUUAAAGGUGUAAAUCCUUUGGAGAGACGGGGGGGGGGGGUUGCGUCCGUGCCACUUUUUUGGACAUUCUUGAUAUAACCCAUAAAAAAAUUGCGUCUGUUGGCCAACUGCAUCUCUACCAACUACUUGGAAUAGAUUUCUCCACCGGUGCAAGCAGUGUGGUGGUCAAUCUUUUAUCUUGAAAUUUGUGAUCAAUAAAUUCAAUUAUUGAGACCAGGUUAGCACUUUUUUCCAUCCAGCAAACCGCCUUAUCGAUUUUCUAAAGUCGUUUUUUUAUUAAUUCGGUUAGGGUUAGG